AUGUUUGCUACGUUUUUAUAUCUUCUCUUUAUUUUCAACUUUGGCUCAAAAGCAACUGCCUCUACUUCCAGAUACCGUACGGAUCUUUUUGCACUGCUUAAAUUCAAGGAAUCAAUAUCCAGUGAUCCAUCUGGAAUCCUAGAAUCUUGGAAUAGUUCAACCCAUUUCUGCAAGUGGCAUGGAAUCACAUGCAACUUCAAGCACCGAAGAGUAACAGAGUUGAACUUAACAGGAUAUCAGUUGCACGGAUCAUUGUCUCCUCAUCUUGGCAAUCUCUCUUUUUUGAGAAAUCUCGACCUCACAAGCAACAACUUGUAUGGGAAUAUCCCACAAGAACUCGGUUGGUUGUCACAGUUGCAGCAACUCUCCCUCACCAAUAACACCUUUGCAGGGGAGAUUCCUACAAAUUUAACAACCUGCUUUGAUCUCUUAGGCUUACAACUAUCUGGAAAUGUUCUGGUUGGCAAGAUACCAAAUGAAAUUGGCUCUCUUCGGAAGCUUCAAGUAUUGUCAGUUUCUAGAAACAAUUUAACUGGCGGAGUCCCACCAUUCAUAGGGAAUAUUUCAUCCUUGACGUAUCUCUCUCUGAAUUAUAAUAACUUGGAGGGAAACAUUCCACAAGAAAUAUGCCGCCUCAGGUACUUGACAUUUCUCCUUGUGAGUGUGAACAAAUUGUCAGGUACAUUUCCUUCGUGUCUUUACAACAUGUCAUCUCUUACUAUAAUCUCAGCUGCAGUCAAUGAAUUUUAUGGCUCUCUUCCGCCCAACAUGUUCCACACCCUCCCUAACAUCCAAGCUUUUGCAAUUGGCGAGAAUCAAAUCUCAGGUCCAAUCCCCACUUCUGUUUCAAAUGCUUCAUCCCUCGCACUACUUGAUAUCACUCUAAACAGGUUCACCGGACAAGUUCCAAGUCUAGGGAAGCUACAAGAAAUUUGGUUCCUAAGUUUGUCUUCUAAUGAUCUAGGUGACAAUUCAACUAACGAUUUAUUUUUUUUGGAAUCACUGACAAAUUUUAGUAAGUUGCAAAUUCUAUCUAUAUCCUACAACAAUUUUGGAGGUCCUCUGCCAAAUUUUGUGGGCAAUUUAUCCACCCAACUCAGUCAACUAUAUCUUGAGGGUAAUGACAUAUUAGGAAAAAUUCCUAUGGAAUUAGGUAAUCUAAUUAACCUAAUAGUUCUGACCAUGGAAUUUAACCACUUUGAAGGGACUAUUCCGGUUGCUUUUGGGACGUUUAAGAAAAUGCAAAUGUUAGACUUGGGAGGAAACAAGUUGUCAAGAGAUAUACCGGCCUCCAUUGGAAACCUCACUCAGUUGUUUCAUUUGGGUUUAGGACAAAAUAAUUUACAAGGAAAUACUCCUCGUAGUAUAGGAAAAUGUCAAAAGUUACAAUACCUAGACCUUUCAGAAAACAACCUCAAAGGAACCAUACCGGUGGAGGUUUUUAGUCUUUCCUCAUUAACAAACUUACUGGACCUGUCACAUAACUCACUAAGUGGCAAUCUACCUAGUGAAGUGGGGUGGCUAAAACAUAUUCAAAACAUAAUUGUCUCAGAAAAUCAUCGGGUUGGUGACAUUCCUGCAACCAUUGGAGAUUGCAUGAGCUUGGAGUACCUUUAUUUAAAGCUAUAG